UCACUUCCCAAUUUAAUAGCGAAAGUCAUAAUGAACCACAGCUAUUACAAAAAGCUUUGGCUAGUCAUAAUAUUUAUCAAUCAAUUGUGGAUCAUAAUUAUAGGAGCGCAUUAAUUUUAGAAGACAAUAUAGAUUUUGAACUUAACAUCAAAUCGAUUAUGACUAAUAUCCAUCGCAUAUUACCAGACAAUUGGGAAAUUCUAUAUCUUGGUCAUUGCAGCAAUUGGGAAGGGAAAUUAGGUGAACCUUUGCCAGAUCACAAUCAAGUGCAAUUUAUUCAUAAGCUUUUUAAAUCCAAGAGGCCAUAUUGUACACAUGCUUACGCCGUUUCACAUCGUGGUGCUCUUAAACUAUUGAAUAAACUUGUUAACUUAACGACUCCAAUCGAUCUUGAAUUGACCAAUAUGAUUACAGCAAAUGAAAUUACCUCAUACACUAUUAUACCAUCGAUUAUAUCGAGAUGCUAUAUUUCUGAUGAAUCAACUGGUCUCUAUCCAGGAAAAAAUACAGCAGACGUGUUCUCUUUAAAUAAUUCCACUUUAUUUUCUCUUGGACUUAAUUAUGAAUUAAAUAAUACUCUCGGCUUUAGUCAUAUUUACGUUCUUAAUCUUGAAAGUCGGCAAGAUAGACGCGAAAAAUUAGAAAAUUUAGAGAAAAAACUUAAUUUAAAAUUCGAAUUUUUUCCAGCUGUUUCUCUAGACGAUGAAAAUGCACUCAAAGAAUUAGAA